AUGCAGCGAGUUUCCGCCCUCCUCCCGUGGGAUCGCAAUAGAUCGAGCACACCGGUCAUUGGUAAUAGCAAUGGCCAUAACAAGACCAUUACUCGAAAAAAUAGCGUCGACCUCGUCCGCGGCUGGGCCGACAAGAUCCCUUCACCUGUAAGCCGCCUUAGCACGUCGAGGCUAAGUAGGGAUAUUUUCCUACCCGCGACUUUAGACAAGGAAUGCGACAAGGCUGCCCGCAUUCUUAAAUCCUUCUGUAGCGAUGGCUUCUCAACCCCAGACGACCGACCGGGGACUCCGUCAACUUACUCGAGUACACAAUCGUCACAUAAGUUUCUAAAGAAGAUCCCUCCAAGAAUAUUACAAAAUGCUGUAGGGCUUGCGGUUUUUACUUCGAUGCGAUCUGGAAUAUGGAGUUCCGGAUCCGGGUCGGGCGGCAGCGGCAUUCUGAUCGCCCGCAAAACGGAUGGAACAUGGUCUCCGCCGUCUGGGUUAAUGCUUCAGACAGCUAGCUUGCGAUUUGUUUUUGGCGUUGAUAUUUAUGAUUGCGUUCUCGUUAUUAACAAUUUUACGGUCCUCGAGGCAUUUGCAAAGCCACGGUUAACUCUUGGUACCGAUGUCAGUCUAACCACUGGCCCUCUGGUGGCUGUGGGUCUCCUUGAAAACGAUGUCACAUGGGCCGAUCUGAGUGAUAGGGCAAUUGCGUACGUAAAAGCGAAAGGACAAAGUGCAGAGGUCAAGUUGGACGGAAUAGUCGUAACCGAGCGGGCUGAUGAGAAUGAGAGAUUCUAUGGAAUGAAAAUCAGUGUCGCGAAAAUUUUGGCGGGGGAUAUCAACCAAAGUCUACCCCAAACGCGACCUCUUACCGAAGUGCUCAAGGCUGCCGAAGGAAGAACGGACUAUGACACAACCCUUGUUGACCUGCUUUCCUCUGCACCCGGAGAUGCAACCAUCGAAUCUCCGAGUUCGGGAGCCCCGUCGACAACAUUUGGAGCUCCUGAUUUCGAGGAUCCGGAUCCUUUUGGUGUCAUGGCUCUCGAGAUGGCUGGUAUGGGUAUCCGUGAAGCCGGCACACGACUAAGGCCCGAUAGCAGCCAAUUUGAAUAUAACCCUAGUCCGACGAGCCCUUUCUUUCCCAAAGCUGGUCGCCAAAGUAUGGAUACCUAUCUGUCACGGAGCAAUAGGGGAAGCUAUAUGUCCAGUAGAACGAUGGCUACUGAACGAAGCCAGAUGACCGAUGCCGGCACACAAACCUGUAACUUCCCAACGCCUCAGACAACCCCAAGCUCAAGUCAAAGCCAAAGCGAAGAUGGGAACCAACCACAGACAACUGAAGACGUCAUGCUGGCGAAGGAGCCUGUUGAGGUUGACUAUACUAAAAUUGAUAUCAGUGCUCUGAGGAGCUUAUCAAAUUUCCCAGAUCUGGACGAUGAGCUAACAACGACGAUUAUUAAGGAGGAAGAUGAGCAUGAUUUAGAAGUUGAAGUUAUUAAAGACACGAAGAGUACGGGUACGGGUACGCACACCGAAAACAUUGGUAGUAAUGUGGCCGAUGAGGUAUUAGGUGAGGGUAAUGAUAACAAUGGCGACAAAGAAGAGGAAGUUGAAGAGGAAGCUGAAGAGGAAGAGGAGGACGAAUCUGACGUGGAAGAAGACGCCAUUGUUUUCGAAGUUGCUACAGCCCAGGCGCCCGCUCGAGUAGCGAUGGUAGCUUCUCGAGUUAACAUUCCUGCAAGAGUGCCACCCCCGCUUCCGCUCAGAAGUCCUGCCCGUACAUCUCGCACGAGAAGCCAGAUGGGAGAUGUCAAUGGUUUAAUGGGCAGCCCACUUAGACAGGAAUUUGAACUUGAAGGCGAAGUUGACGAAGCGACUACACCGAGGGCCAAAGAAGACCCUACCAAGCAUGCAGCAGUAAUGGACGAGAUACCGAUAGCGAAUGAGGCUAGCGAUUCACACGAGGUUAAAGAGAAUGCUGAGCACGCGGCCACUCCUACUCAAGAAUCUGGGAGCAUUAACGGCCGCUCUUCUAAAGUAGGAAAUAGAUCUUCUUAUGGAGAGAAGAUCAUGACCGGGACAUCAACAGGCACAGAGGAGCAGACUGGCUUUAAGGCUACUCCUGACGUCUCUGUCACUGUUGCAGCAUCGCAUCGAACCUUCCUACGCCAGCAAGAAACUCCUACCAACAAGGCUUCUCGUAAGCUCUUCAAUAUGGCGAGCCAGCAGGGUAAGUGGCGCGAGGACCAAAUCCUCGUCGUCUGUCCCGGUAGUCAGACUACUAUGGCUCAGCUCGGUUGCAAUGAGCUUACCCCGCCUGCUCAUCGCAUUCCCACGCGAAUGUUUAAGGAUCCCGAGUCUAACGAAUAUACUCCCUACCGCAUUUACAAGCGCAAAAAGGCUAGCACAUCGGGAAGCGCAGGCAGUGAGAAAGCUGAGGAUCAAUGGGAAUAUGUCGAAGAUCGCGAUAGCAAUGAGGAUGCAAUCUACCCUUUGGAAGGUGGUCGCAUUGUUAACAUGACGGCCUUCUUAGCAUUUCUCGACCACGUACAUGGUCUUCUCACUACCACAUAUCACAACACCCCGAUCAUGAUGAUGGCAUCACCACAGUGGACCCGACCUGAUCUUGAAACUAUCGCGCGCUACGUAUUUGAGAAGACUAAGACUCCUGCUCUAUCCCUACUGCACAGCGCGGUUGCGGCGCAAUAUGGCCUAAAGUGGCCGACUAUGACGGUUGUUGACAUUGGCUACGAGAAAGUCGAUGUUACCUGCAUCCACGAGUAUCUCAUCGUCAGCGAGAAGGGCUUAGGCUAUCCUAACCCGGUACGAGAGAUAUCAGGUGGAGAGGUCUUUACACAGAAGUUGUUGUCACUUCUAAAAGAUAAGGGGUUUAACUACGAAAUGGCCGAGCAACUCAAGAAGAGUCCUCUGUGCGAAGUCCUCCCCUACGCCACCGACCUGGAUGAACUCAUGGAGCUUCCUACGGACGAUAUUUCUCCGACAACAGGCCAGAUUCCCGGCGGUGCCUCGUUUAGUGUAGAAGCCCCGAAGCCCGCAGAACCACCGAAACCUGUAACGGCAUUUGGGGGUGAGACUGAGAACGGAAUCGUCGAGGGUAAGGAGAUCGAUGAAGGAGUUCUAGACGUGGCGAAUAUCGUUACUAGCGGUAACACGCGAGAAUUCCUUGCUAAAAAGGAGAAGGAGAAGGCUGAAAAGGCGAAGUCGAAGAAGCUGGCUAAAGCCCAAGAAGCUGAGCCUGCCGCGGCGAAGCCAGUUCGCCUAUCCAACUCCAGGCGAAAAACCAACAUGUUCCAUUAUGAGGAAUUGGUGCACGAGGACGUGAAAGUUCCUAUCUCGACCGGUGCCCCUAAACCAGAAGCUGCUAUUGCCGCAAAUGGUGAUGCGCCCGCGGCUGAUGUGUCCAUGGCUGAUGCUACGCCUAGCAAUCAAGAGACGAAACCCGAGGCUAAGCCCGAGGGUACUAGCGAUCCCAAUGUCGAGGUGGUAGAGUCUGUGGCUAACGCUACUAACACGGAGCGAAGAACGAAGCGAGUACGACGAGAUAUUGAGGUUGGUCUGGAGCGAUUCCUUUUCGCAGACCGUCACGAGAUUAACCGAAUCACCGAUACUAUCUAUCGCGCAAUUCAGAGCAUUGAUGAACCCUAUAAGCGACCCGGUUGCUGGGACAACCUUGUCUUUGUCGGCAAUGGCAGUCGCCUACGAGGUCUUAAGGAGAAUAUCCUUCAGACGCUUACUGCUCGUCACUUGAUAUCACCUAGCACUGCGACCAUAUUCACCUCGGAGUUGCCCUCCAACAUGGCAACACCAAGUGGAACCGGCUCUCAGACACCCACUGGCUCUUUCACAGGCCAACUUCCCACUACCAGCUCGGUAAACCCUCUCCUGCAAGCCGCUACUACGGCUUCAUUGGGUGUGCCCGGCACGGUACAGGCUCCUGGUUCCACUUCCGGCGACAUUGGUUACGGCCACCACUCUCACGCCCAGACGCCUACAAGUAUUAAGGUGGCCCCGUUACCUGCCUACUUAGCCGAGUGGACUAAGAACGGCUUCGAGGAGGCCAUGUUCCUCGGUUCUCUUAUCGCCGCCCGUCUGGCGUAUUGUAUCCAUAAUUUGGACGCCCAGACAUUAGAGGCGCAGCGCACAAUGAGUCUUAAUCGUGUUGAUUACAACGAACAUGGUCCCAAACUCAUCCACGUACACUCGAUGCUCGGUAACGAUACCUCAUGA